AUGGUAAAAUUUAACAGUGCUUCUGUUGCUUAUAAAACACUCAAUGGACUUAUUUGUGUUUAUAAACCUCCAUGCGUAUCAGUGAGACAAGUACAACACACAAUUUUAACAAAACUUUGCAGAGAUCUAAAUGCACUACCUGAUAGACCAAGAGAGAAUAGAGUGGAAAUUGAAGGGGCUACUAAUGCCCCAAUGACUGUUAAGUUAGUUCCCAAUUAUGCAGAUGAUCCCUUGGUUUGUGGUCCAAGAUAUAUUAGAGAUGACUUCAGAUGUAGUUGGGCUACUCACCUUGGAUUGUUUACAAGUGGUGUUUUAUUACUAGGCAUAAAUGAGGGCACAAGACUAACUUACCAAAUCAACAUGGCUAGGCCAACAAGAGCAUAUAAGGUCCAUGGCCAACUUGGAAAGGCUACUGAUACAUACUUUUGGAAUGGAAAAACAGUUGAGAAAUCAACAUUUGGCCAUAUAACCAGGGACAAAAUUGAUAGAGUAGUGGCACACAUGCAGUCAGCACAUCAAAAGACUAUGUUUACAAUGUCUGGUCUUCAUAUGGACUCACAGACCACAUUUGAACUAGCUUCUCAGGGUGUUAUUAGGCCUGCCAAUAAUAAACUACCUGUACUAUAUGGAAUAAAAUGUGUCCACUUUCAUCCUCCAAAUUUUACUUUGGAAGUACAAGCGGUGAAUGAAUAUGAUAAGUAUCUAUGGACGCUAAUUCAUGACCUAGGAGUGCAAUUGAAAACAUCUGCACACUGCACAGAUAGUGAUACUGAUAGUGAAAGGGAAAUUCAGGCCAGAAUGAAAGAUUUCACUGACACUGAUCUAUUGAGCGAUUAUAGAUUGUUGGAAGAGUGUGCUCGGUUUGUGUAUGCUGUUAGGAGAGAUGAGAAAAAGAAAUAUACGAGAAUUGACAAAGAUUUGCCAAUUCAUUUGUUUAAAUUAAAAAUGGCAGCCAGGAAGAGAGCUGAAAAGAUAAGGGGUUCUGCUAAAAAGUUCUUUGAGUUAGACCCUAAAGAAUCUUUAGGAGAAAAUUUAUCAGGCAAAUGUAUUGUAGAAUUUCCAAUUAUAUUUAUUGUUCUCAAAGAUCAUGCUUAUAACUUUGAAAUUGUAACACCAGAAGAUGAAUUUAAUUAUGAUAGAAAAGAAACAAGUGAAAAUAAUGAUAACACAAAUCAAUCAAUUACAAAUAAUGGAACUCAUAAUGAAAAUCCCAACCAUACAUACAAAGAGCAGAGAAAAAGGCCGAGACAGUUGUUAACGGAGAAGAUAGCAAAGCAGAAAAAAAUGGAAAUUGAAAAAGAGUUGAAAGAAGAAAGGAAAAAAAGACCUAAGAACCUAUUAUUUACAACAGGCUACUCAUCGGAAGAAAGUAUUAGUAGUGACAGUGAUGGUGAAUGUGACAACAAUAUUAAUAAUAUUAAUGAAUCUAGAAAA